CUCCAUGUGGCCCCGCGGCCACCAGAACCUUGGUGGCUCAGCCGCGGGGCCGCGCCGCCCGCCGCCCCCCAUCAGCGGCAGCAGCGUGGCGCCCAACCCCACAUACUUCCACGCCCUGUACGACGUGGCAGCCGACCGCUACGGGGGGGCGCCCUUGUUCGGCGACACCUCCGUCCCGCCGGUGCGCAGGAGGGGGGCGUUGGUGGUCCAUCGUGACGUCAUAUUGGCCCACCAGGAGCACAAGAGGCUCAACACGCCUAAGGCCAGGAGGAAGCAGUGGGAAAUGGCGCGCUUCGGGGACGAGCUCCCCAACAGGUACGGAGGAGGACAGGGGGGGCAAGGAGGAGGAGGCGGCGGCGGCGGGCAAGGAGGCGCCGGCCGAGGGGGCAGCCGCCAAGGGGGCGCCCCCGGGGCGCAGCGGAUCUACAAGCAGUCCAUGGCUCAGAGGGCCCGAACCAUGGCCCUGUACAACCCCAUCCCCGUGCGGCAGAGCUGCCUGACCGUCAACCGCUCGCUCUUCAUCUUCAGCGAGGACAACCUGGUGAGGAAGUACGCCAAAAAGAUCACCGAGUGGCCUCCUUUCGAAUGGAUGAUCCUCACCACAAUCAUCGCAAACUGCAUCGUGCUGGCGCUGGAGCAGCACCUGCCCGACGACGACAAGACGCCUCUGUCCGAGCGACUGGAGGACACGGAGCCCUACUUCAUCGCCAUCUUCUGCUUCGAGUCGGGCAUCAAGAUCCUGGCGCUGGGCUUCGCGCUGCACAAGGGCUCGUACCUGCGCAACGGCUGGAACGUCAUGGACUUUGUGGUCGUGCUCACCGGGAUUUUAUCAUCCCUGCGCUCUUACAUUGACCUGAGGACCCUCCGAGCCGUUCGAGUGCUGCGGCCUCUCAAACUGGUGUCGGGAAUCCCCAGCCUGCAGGUGGUGCUCAAGUCCAUCAUGAAGGCCAUGAUCCCGCUGCUGCAGAUCGGCCUGCUGCUGUUCGUGGCCAUCCUGAUGUUCGCCAUCAUCGGCCUGGAGUUCUACAUGGGGAAGUUCCACACCACCUGCUACGAUGACAUCACGGGCGAGAUCGUGGACAAGGUUCCAUGCGGCCUCAAGUUGCCCUCCAGGCUGUGCCCCAACGGCACCACGUGUCGGGACGGCUGGAUCGGGCCCAAUUACGGCAUCACGCAGUUCGACAACAUCCUGUUCGCCGUUCUCACCGUCUUCCAGUGCAUCACCAUGGAAGGCUGGACCGAGAUGCUCUACUUUAGCAACGACGUGGAGGGCAGCGCGUGGAACUGGAUGUACUACAUCCCGCUCAUCAUCAUCGGCUCCUUCUUCAUGCUCAACCUGGUGCUGGGCGUUCUCUCUGGCGAGUUUGCCAAAGAGCGAGAGCGCGUGGAGAACCGCAGCGAGUUCCUCAAACUCCGGCGACAGCAGCAGAUCGAACGCGAGCUCAACGGCUACCUGGAGUGGAUCUGCAAAGCAGAGGAGGUGAUCCUGGCGGAGGAGGACGGCGCGGGAAACUUUGACGGUUCCCGGCGACGGCCGACCAUGAAGUCGAAGAGCAACAAGACGGAGCUGCUCAACACGGAGGAAGGUUUCGCCCGCUCCAGCAUCAAGAGCGGCAAAGAUGGCUCCAGCUACAGCAAGAAGGAGAAACGGCUGCGCUUCUUCAUCCGCAAGAUGGUCAAGACGCAGGCCUUCUACUGGACCGUCCUGUGCCUGGUGGGCCUCAACACCAUGUGCGUGGCGGCCGUGCACUACGACCAGCCCGAGCUGCUCUCCGACUUCCUGUUCUAUGCGGAAUUUAUUUUCCUGGGUUUGUUCAUGUCCGAGAUGCUGAUCAAGAUGUACGGCCUUGGUAUUCAGCCCUACUUCCACUCCUCCUUCAACUGCUUUGAUUGUGUGGUGAUCAUGGGCAGCAUCUUCGAGGUGAUUUGGGCCACCAUCAAGCCCGGCACGUCUUUCGGGAUCAGCGUCUUGCGAGCGCUGAGGCUUCUGAGAAUCUUCAAGGUCACCAAGUACUGGGCUCCCCUGCGCAACUUGGUGGUGUCCCUGCUCAACUCCAUGAAGUCCAUCGUCAGCUUGCUCUUCCUCCUCUUCCUCUUCAUCGUGGUCUUCGCCCUGCUGGGCAUGCAGCUCUUCGGCGGCCAGUUCAACUUUGAGGACGGAACGCCGCCCACCAACUUUGACACUUUUGCGGCGGCCAUCAUGACGGUGUUUCAGAUACUGACGGGAGAGGACUGGAACAUGGUCAUGUACAACGGUAUCGAGUCUCAAGGGGGCGUCAACGACAAGGGCAUGAUCUUCUCCAUUUUCUUCAUUGUCCUCACCCUCUUCGGCAACUACACGCUGCUCAACGUCUUCUUGGCCAUCGCCGUGGACAACCUUGCCAACGCCCAGGAGCUCACCAAGGAUGAGGAGGAACAAGAGGAGGCGGCCAAUCAGAAGACGGCGCUCCAGAAGGCCAAGGAGGUGGCCGAGGUCAGCCCGCUUUCGGCCGCCAAUCUCUCCAUUGCCGCUAAGGAGCAGCAGAAGAAUCACGCCAAGGCGGGCGGCAAGUCGGUGUGGGAGCAGCGUACCAGCGAGAUCCGCCGGCAGAACCUGAUGACCAGCCGAGAGGCGCUCUACAACGAGCUGGAGCAGGACGACUGGAAGGUGGGAGGCGAGGGGGAGGAGGUUUCGUUCGCACGGAAAGGCCGUGGCGACAUGAAGACCCACUUGGACCGUCCCCUGGUGGUCAACCCCCAGGACAACCGCAACAACAACACCAACAAGACUCCCCCCGGCCAGCUGCCCCUGGACCAGGAAUACCGGCAGCAGGACCUGGACCACACCCACCGCGCCACCCACCACCACCAUCACCACCACCACCACCAUCACCGCCACCACCAUCGCCACCAGAGGCCCGACGCGUCGGAAUCGCCUGGUCAAGAGCAACGGGUGGCGGCCGACGACGCGGGCCAAGAGGCCGGCGACCAUGAAGGACAGCAGCCGGAGGAAAGGCACGGCCACAGGAGCCACCGGGGGCACCGACACCGGAACCGGGCGGGUCGCGAGGGUUGCAGCGCGUCCCCUCAUCACGCCGGCACCACCGAGGGCAACAAUGAGCAGCGCAGGGCCAGGCAUCACUGCAAGUCCGCCAGGGAGUGCGAGCCCGGCAGGAGGCGCAAGUCCAAGGGAGCCGAAGCGGACGGAGACCAGGGUGGAGACGGGGAGUGUCGCAAGACUCGACGACAUCGUCAUGGCAACCCGGAUAGAAGCAGAGGACAUCGCUCCAGAAAGUCAAUGGAGCACCAAGGCGCCGGUCCCAGCCUGUCCGCCGCGCGGCCCAUCCAGCAACGCAACGAGGACCUGGACAACUUGCGCAACAACAGCAAGCUGGCCAGUCGGCCGUACGACCUGCCGCCGCCCGACGAGCCGCAGCACGUCAACAACCUGCUCAACCGCUGCGACGCCGACACCCACACUCUCCUGCGCAGCAUGGACAGCCUGAUCCUGAGCAGCAUGGCCAAACCGGACUACGCUAGCAUUGACAUGCCGCCCGUCUACCCUUACCCGUCAACCAACGCCAUCCUGCAAGUGAACAAGAACGCAAACACGGACCAGAAGAAGGAGGAGAAGAAGGAGAACGGUAACGACGACGGCGACGAUGACGGACCCAAGCCCAUGCCGCCUUUCAGCUCUUGCUUCAUCUUGUCGACCACCAACCCCUUCAGGAGGUGCUGCCACUACAUCCUCACCCUGAAAUACUUUGAGUUUAGCAUCCUGUCCGUCAUCGCCAUGAGUAGCAUUGCACUCGCGGCGGAAGACCCGGUGUCGCCGGACUCGCCGCAAAAUAACGUGUUGCGCUACUUUGACUAUGUCUUCACUGGCGUCUUCACUUUUGAAAUGCUGAUCAAGAUGGUGGUGCUGGGCCUGUUCCUCCAUCAAGGCUCCUACUUCCGCGACCUGUGGAACAUUCUGGACUUUAUAGUGGUUAGUGGUGCUCUGGUGGCCUUCGCCUUCACGGGGAGCAGUAAGGGCAAAGACAUCAGCACCAUCAAGUCGCUGCGAGUGCUGCGGGUUCUGCGUCCUCUCAAGACUAUCAAGAGACUCCCCAAGCUCAAGGCCGUGUUUGACUGCGUGGUGAAUUCUCUGAAGAACGUCCUGAACAUUCUGAUCGUCUACAUGCUGUUCAUGUUCAUCUUCGCCGUGGUGGCCGUGCAGCUGUUCAAGGGUCGCUUCUUCUAUUGCACCGACGUUUCCAAAGAGUUUGAGCGCGACUGCAGGGGCGAGUUUCUCAUGUAUGACAGGGAUGAGGUUCGAGCGCAGAAGCGGGAGUGGAAGAAGUACAAUUUUCACUAUGACAACGUGGCUUGGGCCCUGCUCACGCUCUUCACUGUCUCCACUGGAGAAGGGUGGCCACAGGUGUUGAAGGCCUCGGUGGACUCCACUUACGAGAACCAGGGCCCCAGCCCAGGCUACCGCAUGGAGAUGUCCAUCUUUUACGUGGUCUACUUCGUGGUCUUCCCCUUCUUCUUCGUCAACAUCUUCGUGGCCCUCAUCAUCAUCACCUUCCAGGAGCAAGGCGAUAAGAUGAUGGAGGACUACAGCCUGGAGAAGAACGAGAGGGCCUGCAUCGAUUUUGCCAUCAACUCCAAGCCGCUGACGCGCCACAUGCCCAAGAACAAGCUCAGCUUCCAGUAUCGCAUGUGGCAGUUUGUGGUGUCCACGCCCUUCGAGUACAGCAUCAUGGCGCUCAUCGCGCUCAACACCAUCGUACUCAUGAUGAAGUUUGACGGCGCCUCGGAAACGUACGACAAUGUCCUGCAGAACCUCAAUAUCGUCUUCACCACUUUCUUCUUCUUGGAGUCCAUCCUGAAGCUGGUCGCUUUUGGCCCGCUGAAUUUCUUCAGAGACGCCUGGAACAUUUUUGACUUUGUCUCCGUGCUGGGGAGCAUCACGGACAUUUUGGUGACAAAAUUAGGGAACAAUUUCAUCAACCUGAGCGUUCUGCGCUUGUUCCGUGCCGCCCGCCUCAUCAAGCUGCUGCGCCAAGGCGAAACCAUUCGCAUCCUGCUGUGGACCUUCGUGCAGUCCUUCAAGGCGUUGCCGUACGUGUGCCUGCUCAUCGCCAUGCUCUUCUUCAUUUAUGCCAUCAUUGGCAUGCAGUUGUUUGGCAACCUGGCACUGGAGGAGGAAGGCGACAGCGCCAUCGACCAUCACAACAACUUCCGGACCUUCGUCAUGGCGCUCAUGCUGCUCUUCAGGAGCGCCACGGGCGAGGCCUGGCACGAAAUUAUGCUGUCCUGUCUCGGCGGCAAAGAGUGCGACCCGGCCUCGGGCAACACGGAGCCCGAAUGCGGCAGCACCUUCGCCUACACCUACUUUGUCUCCUUCAUCUUUCUCUGUUCCUUCCUGAUGCUCAAUCUCUUCGUGGCCGUCAUCAUGGACAACUUUGAGUACCUGACCAGAGACUCAUCCAUCCUGGGGCCGCACCACCUGGACGAGUACGUAAGGAUUUGGGCCGAGUACGACCCUGCCGCCUGCGGGCGCAUACAUUAUAAGGAUAUGUACAGUUUAUUGCGAGUUAUCUCCCCUCCCCUGGGCCUUGGCAAGAAAUGCCCGCAUAGGGUGGCCUGCAAGAGGCUGCUGCGGAUGGACCUGCCCGUGGCCGACGACAACACGGUCCACUUCAACUCCACCCUGAUGGCGCUUAUCAGGACGGCGCUGGAUAUCAAGAUCGCCAAGGGCGGCGCAGACAAGCAGCAAAUGGACGCCGAGCUGCGUAAGGAGAUGAUGGCCAUAUGGCCAAACCUGUCGCAGAAAACCUUGGACCUGCUGGUCACGCCUCACAAGGCAGCCACGGACUUGACGGUGGGCAAAAUCUACGCUGCCAUGAUGAUCAUGGAAUACUACCGGCAGAGCAAGACCAAAAAACUGCAGGCCAUGCGGGAGGAACAGGAUGAGGUGGGGUCUCCUUAUUUGAACCGACCGCCGUUAAUGUUUCAGCGAAUGGAGGCCCCGCCGGAGGGCGACGGCGCCGACAGGCUCGGUGGGCCCGGCACUCAGCCCGACAAUGUCUACAGCGUACCUUCGGACGGCGGCGGUAUGACGGAGAGCCAGUCGUGGGUGACCGCCAAAGCCCAGGAGAUGUUCCAAAAGACGGGCAACUGGAGCCCCGACCGGCCGUACCCUGACGACUUCCAUGACAACCGCAACAACCCGCAGACGGUAGAGAUGCGGGAGAUGGGGCGGGACGGGUACUCGGACACCGAGCCCUGCCACCCAGUGGAUGGGCACGGGCGCACCCUCUCCAUGCCCCGCCUCUCAGCAGACAACCAAAACAUCAGCGACACCGGUCCCAUGAGGCGCUCCACCUCCAGCCUGGUUCAUGGGCGCUCGGGCCGAGGCGUCAGGCUGGACGACUACUCCCUCGAGAGGGUGGUGUCCGAGGAGGGGCGGCACGGCUGCGGGGGCCGCCGGCACCGGGACCGAAGCCACCGGACUUCGCAGCGAUCCCUCACCAGAUACACCGACGCAGACACGGGCCUGGGCACAGACCUGAGCACCACCACGCAGUCGGGCGACCUGCCUCCCAAGGAGCGUGAGCGGGACCGCGGCAGGACCAAGGACCGGCGCCACCACCAUCACCACCACCAUCACCACGGUUCCGUGGACAAAGAGCGCUACGACCGGCACGAACUAGCCCACCGACACUCGCACGACAGUCACUGGUCACGCUCACCCAGCGAAGGCCCGGACGGACGAAGCCACAGACAGGGCAGUAGUUCGGUGAGCGGCAGCCCCGUGCCCUCGACUUCAGGGACCAGCACUCCGCGGAGAGGCCGUCGCCAGCUGCCGCAGACCCCCGCCGUCCCCCGCCCCCACGUCACCUACUCCCCCGCCGUCCGCAAGCCGGGCUACGGCCACCCCGGGCCGGGCCGCCUGCGCUCGCCGUCCCCGCGGCACUUCUCCCCGCCGGACCACGACAGGGGCUACCACCACCGGCCGCCGUCCCGUCAAGCCUCUCCCCACCAUGGGGGCUCCUCGUCCAGGCACGGGUCGCCCCGAUCCCCCAGGCACCAGUCCCCCCGCUCGCCUGUUCACGGUUCGCCGCGCUCCCCGCACCGAGGCCGUUGGAGCGGACCUCCGCCGGGGGACGGUCUGGAAGGGGACGGGUCCUUCUACGAGCGCGACUACGAGUACAAGCGGCACCACGAGCCCCCGGCGUAUGAGCAAAGCCUCUCCCACGGCAACCCCCACCCGCACGCGGGCAAUUGCCACCCGCACCCCCGCUCGCCCAGGACUGCCCGCCACGGGCCCCCACCACCGCCGCUCCCUCACCCCCAUCCACGCCGGGUGCCCAACGGUUACCGCUCGUCCUCGCCUUCUCCGCAUCGAAGAGGGCCGCCCGGGGCACCCCACCCGCACCACCGGACCCCUCAUGCCCGCGGACCCCGCAAAGGCUUGCAUGAACCUUACAGCGAGACAGAUGAGGAUGACUGGUGCUAGCAACCGGAUGAGGGCGGAGAACGGCAACCUCCGGCGUUACGAACUUGAUGGGGGCGGGGCGGGGCGGAGGGUCCGGACAUCCGCCCGAGGACUCAGACCCCCGGAACUCUGUGAGUAAGAGUGCGGGGCAGAGACCAGGGUGGGGCAAGGUGCUUCAAGCGGUCUGACGAAACGCAAGACGGCUCAGGACGGUGGGACCGCGCUCCCCGGAAUCCUCUGCUGGGAUGCCGAGCUGCAGGCAGAAAACUUCAAAUCAGGGGUCCUGACGAACCGUCAGGGGUUCUGAGACCCGGACUGCUCAUUGCCUUUGGCUGAAUCCUUCUUCUUCUUCUUCUUCAGGUGACUCUGGGAACUCUCCAAGCGGGCUUCACUCACCUUUUAUAAGGAACACGAGUUCCUAAAAAGCCAGGCAGGCCCUUUUCCCUCGCCCCAACCAGACCUUUCCAUGCCAAGCUUUGCCUACAGGAAAAAUCACGCUCGAGAACAAAACUUUUACACCACGUGAUCUUGAGCGCUCCCGCCCCCGCAAGGACAGAACCAGGAAGCUCCGCCUCUUCUGCAAAAACCAGCCAAUCCCAGCGCUGGAUGAUAUUUGAUGAGUUUUAUCAUCUCUGUUUACUGUUCGCUGUAUAAACUCUCUUUGCGUGGGUAUGAUGUCACUUCCUGUCUGGUAAUUGGGUGGGGCGGAAGUGACAUCACGCGGCAGACAGGGCGGAGAAGAGUAAAGCAAGGACCAACUCAUUUCUUCAGUAUUUCUUCUCUCGAUUGCUUCUCGUUCUUCUUCUUGGACAUUGGAAGCUCGAUUCUUCGAUUUGACCUUUUUUGGGAUGGAAACGUGUGCAUGAUUGAUUCAACCCAUAUGAGGGAGGAAGCCGAACCCCGCAUUCUUGGGACCUUGGGGGGUGGGCGGGGCUUGACAGAAACUUUGCAUUUACGUUGACACAAAAAAAAAAAAAAGAAGAAAAGAAUCUCUUCUCUCUUCGACUGUUUCUCUCUGUGACGGUCGCUCGGCACCUGGAAGGAAAGCGGCCUUUGUGCUCGGAUGUUUAGUUGGAUGGCUCUCGGAUGUUGGAGGCUUUGCUCACAGAGAGAGAAAAGGGAGCAGUGGGGAAGUGAACUUGGAGCGCCGGUUAUUUAGUGUCGUUCAUGAUGAUAGUCUCGAUAAAAAUGUCCAUGCAGAAUGAAAAUGAUGUUGAUGAUUGUUAGCGCCGUUGCCGUAGAGUUGUCGUCACCUUCUUUGUUAUCCCUCCCAAGUCCAUCUUGUUUACAUCCUUGAAGUCAGGGGCCGUCCAAACCUUGUCUUCCAAGGACCGUAUUACAGAAAAAAUCCAAGGCUGCACUGCACGGAGCCACUCUUGACAUUCUUCCCCUGUCAUUUAGCCAACCCGUCAAAAGUACCAUCAUCAGCAUUGGUCGCUAUGCGGAAAAAACGCUGGAAUCGAUCCGCCCCAGUACCCGAGCUGCAGCACUUUUUGCGUUCGGUAGAAUGUGAGGCCAACAAUCGGAAUUCAUCGCUGUCAGCGGAUGAUCUUUAUUUCUCGGGGCAUUGUGACUUGGCAUUUUCUUCUUAUUUUAGUGACGUGUGUGGGGGUGGGGGGGGGGUGUCAGGGACUUCAUUUAGUUCUUCGUCCUACCAACACCCUAGGACAAAAACGGUUGUAAAAGGUUUUGGGUGAUGAGGUGAGCGCCCCUCUUUUUUUUCGUUGCGUUGUCGGUGAUUUAGGACUUUGCUUUGGACCCUUCCACCCUGUAAGGACACCUCCGGUCCCCUCUGCACCAACAGUGACCUCCUCAGCCCGAGCCCUCCCCUCAGGUCUGGACUAGAUACCAGGAACCAUUGCGAGGUUGUAGCACAGCCGAAUCCCCCUGCGCCAAAAACUGGCAUCAGUUUUCGACAGCCUUUGCGGCCACGUUCAGACGGAUCCUGGACAUGGUGUGAAGCCGUUGCCCUUCUUUUGGUCCUGCUUUCGGUAGAAUCUUCUAGAACUAGAUGAUCAACAACGAGUUUAGGUAUAACUGUAGCCGUAGUUCUCACUAGCUCUUUGAAUCGGUUGCCGCUCUUGGACUUGCACUCUUACAAAUCCCAGAUCUCCCCGAAACUCGUAGUCCACGACUUUUUGACUCUAUGCAGACCUCACGAGCGUCCGUCGGGUUUCUGCAGGAACCGCGAGACCCGGAUCCCUGACAAAAGCCCAACAAACGGGUGACAGUCGGCACCCACUUUCACAUUUAUCUGCUGCGAGACCCCCCUCAGCCUGCAUCUGUUGCCUCCCACUUUCCCGGCACGAUACGUGUUGGCCCCCAAGUAGAGCACAUACUUGCUAGAUAUUUGCCUCUAUUUGGCAGGAAGUUAAAGGGCACAACCUGGAACCCUGUCCGCAGUUACUUCCCCCGCAAUCCUGGACCCUGACAGAGCCGCAGUGCCUUCUGUACCCGAGUCACAUGAGUCAUCUGCCACCCGAGCCCUCCCGGCCGGCCCCCCUCCCGCCCGUUAUAUCCCUUAAGAUCAAUAACACUACGCCUUAAAUGUCCCGCCGGUGGUCCUAACACCGGGCCCACACAUGACUUUGACUUUUUAAAAUCGAAAACGAGAUUGUUUUAUUUGGGAUGGGGGGGGUUUCCGCAACUUUUCAAUUGUGAUGGCAUUUAGGGGCACACGUGGCACAGUGAAACCUUGACUUAAGAAUUUAACAUGUUCUGUGACUGAGGUCCGAACUUUGUAUCUCGAUUUUGCAAGUCGGUCGCCGAAUGCCCGCUGCAAAUCUCAACCCUUGCUCUUACUUCAAAUUUGGUCUCGAAACACAGCAGAGGUGAUACAAGUAGUCAAUACCUAUUGGUCCCCCUCAGGAUACGCAUGCAAUGAACUCUGGGGAUGAUUAACAACCUUGUGAUGGAAAGCAAAGGGCGGCAAACAAAAAAAUUUUAUGAUGAUUAUUAUUAUUUAUUCAGAUGAACCGUUGACAGUUCGUUGAAAGUGCAAUAUGUUACAGAAAGAUAAAGGCAUUGUUCCUUUGCCAGUUUGGACCAUUUGUGUACCUUUUAUAACCAUUCAAAGUACUUGUUUGUACCUCCAGGUUCAACUUUGGGUAGGUCACAAGAAGUGGCACCUCGGAGAACCAAAAAAGGAACCUCGACAGAACCUUUUUUUUUUGUCUGACCGUGUACUUAAGCUUUCUUUCAAAGUCAAGGUAACACUGUGCUGAAGUUCUCGUCUAGUUAUAGUGUUCAGAUUUUGUGGCGGCCAAUGGAUCCAAGAUGUGUGACAAGCUCACCUCCUUCGUUGCGUUGCGUUGGGUUUGACGCGUGUGGCGUUUGCGGGUCGGCGGCGUGCGGACAAACGUGUAACUCAAGGGCUCUUUGCAAAAACAUCAUGCGGGUUUUCUUGUACAGUUUGAGUGCUGCCAAAAGUCGUGCUUAUGUAGCUCAAGUCACACAGGGCGGCGGUCUCCCCCCCCCCCAGCUCUAGCUUUGUGCAUGCGUGUGCGUGUUGGGGAAGGGCGGGGUUAUUGGGGCCAGUGGGCACGGAAGGGGGGCGGCGGGUGUUUAGAAGGGCAUUAGGGCAGCAAUUGGCAGUAAUUUUCCAUCAAAGGCACUGGGCCGCCAUAUCACCUCAUGCUAUGAUGUCAGCACGAGCGCCUGACAGAUUAAUUGUCCAGCCGAUUUAAUCGGCAUUUGCUUUUUUUUUUUUUUUUUUUAAUUGGCAAAAAUCAGCUGAUUUUAUUUGGUCACGGUUUUUACCUUUUUAUUUUUUCCACGACCAAUAACCCCCCAAAAAAAUCUGCAUCUUAUUGGACGAUUUUUGCCAUUUUUCACCCUUUUGUCAUUUUUAACCAAUCCUAAAUGACAAAAGUAUUGUCAAACAGUCAUUUGUUCCACCUGUGAUUCAUACCUUAUUUUAGUCAUUGUAUAUAUUGGAAAUUAAUCGGACAAUUAAUCGGUUCUCGGAGUUUUGACAAGUUCGACAUCGUUAUCGACAAAUCCAGAUCAGUCAGGCCCUACCUAAUCAUCAUCACGUGUGUGCACGUGCGUGUGUGUGUUACAGUAAUAUUUGAGUAGCUGUUUGCUGUGAUGGAUAUGUUAUUUGAAAUGAACAGAUAUGUAGAAAAAAAAUUAAAAUAAUUUAGAGCCUCCUGAUGGUGCAGUGAAGACAGUACCGAAAAGCAGAAUGUUUAUUAGCAAGCGCACUGAAGUACUUAAGUCAUUUUUACCGUUGCAGUAUUAUCAAAAGGACGUAGCUAGUUUAUUUUUAUUUAUUUAGUCUAUUAGUUAUUGGGAAAAGUAUUUUUUUAUGUUAUCUUCAAUUAAUUUAAAAAUAUAAGCACUGAAGUAUUUUUUAUUAGUCAUAAAUAUAAAUGUUAUCAUCGAUGUAUUCGUGAAUUUAAUCCGUUUUUCGUUUCAAUUAGGGUUUUUUUUCUCUCCAAAUAGCCCAACAUGAAAGCAGUUACUGUUUGUGGCCUUUAAUGGUGAUUAUAGGUCCUUAAAAACGACGCACUUUCAAAGGUUGCGCGAGUGUAUGUGUGUGUGCGCGUCUCCGUGUGUCCGUCCUCCACUCACCUCCCGCCCCCGCCCCCCCCCCUCUCCGUUGUCCACGUUGACUCUGUAAAUUUUCAUGUACACUUUGAAGCAUAAAAUUUUGUCAAUGGAGAUCAAUGACAUCUGCCUGUCCUCGUCUUGUCUCUCAUCAAACGUCAAAUAAAUAAAUACAAAAUCGCAUGCGUGCAGUACCCAUCAAGGCCACACGGUGGUGGUCUUUACCCUCCGUGAUGUAACGAGGCUUUCAUUUUAAGAUGACACGAUGGCAAAUUAGGAAUUUCACCCCACCUCAAAAGAGUCCCACGUUUCGCCGUACAAACAAACCUUACAAGUUCGUUUCUUUUAGGAUUUUGUUGUGAUAUUUACAUUUGAGUUCGAGUACAAGAUGACAACAAAAACACCGGCUUCUGAGCAAAAAGAGGAGAAAGCAAUUCUUUUAUGAAAAAAAAAACAUGCUAGCAGUGACGCGCGUGGCUGAAGUUGAACAUGAGUAGCUUUUUUUUUACAUGCCGUUUGUCAUUGACUCCACAAAUUGUUUUUCAUGAAACACAUUUUUUUUGCAAAGCAUUUUGAUAAGCGUCAAUUACACGCAAAUUUUAGGUAUUUGCGGCCGGUCCGGUUCCAGUCAGGAUUCGUGUGCCAUGUAAAUUCUGAAACAAACUAGAGAGAAUGAAUAAUUAUACCUCCCCACCCCUUAAAAUGUAUGUUAUCCC